CUCUGCUGCUCUCUUCGCUAUCCUCUUCGCCUUCGUUCUCAUGGCCGCCCCCCACGCACAGGGCGCCAUCUCGUGCGGUCAAGCGGUGUCGAUGAUCUCACCGUGCGUGAACUACGCCCGUGGCCAGGGAACUCUGCCUCCCGGGUGCUGCAGCGGUGUCAAGGCGCUGAAUUCAGCUGCCAGGAGCACUCCUGAUCGCCAGCAGGCCUGCGCUUGCCUCAAGGCCGCGGUCGGUAAAAUCUCCGGUCUGAUUCAAGCUCGUGCCGCUGGGAUUCCUGGAGCUUGUGGUUUAGCCUCCCUUACACCAUUAGCACCUCCAUCAACUGCGCUACUGUGAAGUAAGGCUAGCUCUUUUGAGCUUGUUGUUAAAAAAGUACGUACCGUAUAUCUAGAAGAGUUGCGAGAAUAAAGUGGAGGCUGUUCUCUGCAAUUUCCACGUGCCUGUUUUAUCUCCCUUAUCAUUAUUUAGAUUAUGUUUCUGUUGUUCCGUGUGUUUGCCUUGUUUGUUAUGUAUUUCUGAGGUGUACCAUUUUGUGUUGUAACACAUCCGUGUAUCAAUAAAUAUUUUCCAAGUAGAUGAUGGUUCCCUCA